AUGAUCGGCAAGGACGGCCAUCACACGCUCCCAAUCAUCGCAGGCGACUUCAAUUCCGGGUUUGGCAUCCGACGGGACGUUACGGGCACAGCCUACAUCAAAGAAGAUGGCCACAUCGGAGUCUGUGAGCCCGUGCACGAGAGCAACGUGUCCAUGCAGAUCCGACAGUUUGCAGCAGAGCAGCACAUGAGUGUAGCUACGACUCACUGGACUACGGGACCUACCUACUUCCAGAGGGGCGCUUCAUCCAAGAUCGAACAUUUCAUAUGCCCCACACCGGCGCUCGCUAGCAUCCAGAAGGCGAACACGCUGAUCCGACUGGGGCGCAAACUCCAACUGCAGCCCAGCGCGACCCUCGAGGAUCAUGUUCCCGUUUACGUGGAGAUGGUGCUCCCCAAGAGGAAAUACAGUGUGCACGCGCCCUCGCCGCCAGCUCACAGGGACCACUUGAUGCAGGCUCAAACCACAGGGAACCGCCGCCAGCAGUACUUCGAGUCGGUUACGAGACACCUGGAGAAUGACGACGACAGCUACAAAGCGGCCAUGCAGAGCAACAACGUGCAGGCGGUCUGGGACCACAUUGGAGGUGCGGUCAGGCGGGCUCUGGAAGAAGUCUUUCCUCCUGGCCCUCGUCGCACGGCAGAGUACGAGACGUACAGGAGACAGCGCGUGGACCUGAUCAGACGCAGAGGCUGGAUGAGAGCCGAGGGAGCUAACAAGAAUGAGGAGGAGUUCGAGCGAGUCCAGCAACAGCUCCACCAGAUCACGAGGCGCCUGCAGAAUCUUCGGAAGCAGCAGACGGCCGACACGCGACAAGCUUUACUUCACGAACUGGCGCAGGUUUGGAGGAACCAGCAGUGGGCGCAGAUGCACAAGAUCAAGAACAGCCUCACAUCCACAGGCCGAGGGCCCAAGAAGCGCUACAUCUUCGCAGUGCGGCGGAACAUGACAGUAGAAGAAUGGCGCGACGGACUACAGCUACAACCACACCAGGGUGGCUUGCAAGCGAACUCCAUCAACUGGGACGAUGCGCUCGACGACGUGCAGUUCCUUCCCAAAGUUCUCGAGCGGGAUCGCGCCAUCCAGCUCGCACAGGCUGACUUCGAGGGCCAGAUCCGCUACCUCAAGAAGGCCCCCAAGCGCAGAGCAACCCCGAGGUGGGGAGUGCACGCGGAGGCGCUGCUGCAGUUGCUUUCUCCCGAGUUCCACAGCGCCGAGGACCCCAAUGGCAACGGCUGGGAGGUUGACAUCACGCCGACGGCAUUUCUGCACAAGUAUCAGCAGUUCGUUACACUCGUCAGAGAGACAGACCAGGUUCCACUCAGCUUCCUCCGCUCGCAGAUGUUUGCACACAGCAAGGACAGCGGGGUGAUAGGUAUCAGGGGGCAACGGCUCCUGCACUGCUUCGAUUCCUGCAGCAUGAGCUGGUUCGGCCAACUCGCGCGCAGGCUCAGGGUGCCUCCGAAGUUUCCGUCUUUCGCUCACGGAGGCAUACCUGGUCGGAGGAGAGAGGGGGCCAUUCUCGCCUUGAGCAGCGCGAUGUGGCGCUGCAGAGAUCUGAAGCUGAGUCGCACGUUGAGCAACUACGACGGCACGAACGCGUUCGCGAGCACGGACAGGGGGCACUUGAGGGCACUGCACAGCGCGCAACACUACGAGCCCAACAUCGAACUGUGCAAGCACGCCGUCGACGAUUUAGUUGUGCACGCCCACGGCAUCGAUGGAUGGAGAUCACUGGGUAAGCUGUGGGCAGAACCGCUGCCGCCCAGGAUGAGGAUACUUCUUUUCAUUGCGUACGUGCAGAGCGCAGGACUAUCGGGGCUUACAGGCUUCGUACCGCCACGCAGCUUCACAGACAAGCUCGACGCGGUGUUUCUCCGUUUCUUGCGCGUGCUCAGCAGAGGGACCACAGAGGAGAUAGACGGGAAGGUAAGCGGGGAGACUUACGCGCAAGUGUUCGCGCACCACAAGUUGUCGCGGACAGUGGUCGAGCUCAGGAUCCAGCGGAUCAGGUGGUACCAAAAAAUGGCACGACAUCCCCAAAGACACUCCCAAGUUCUGACAGGCAUUUUUGGAAGCACUCGACUGGAUCUCGCAGUAGAUAGGCCUCGCAUGGGAAUGAAUGGGGACCCCAAUGAACACAGCACCCCGUGGGCCCGACAAGUGUACUCCGACCUCGAGAUUUUCGCGAAGGUCGAUCCUGCUUCUAGGUUCGCUCAGGCUUGGAACUCGAGGGACGGGUUGUUAGAUUUCUUCAGGAAGGAGGAGUUUCGGAAGGUGUUCGACGGGAAAUGGCUACAGCACAUCAGGCACUUGUUUGACAGGCACUACGGGGCGGAGGAGAAGGAGGUCAAAUACAAAGGAGUGGAGUACAUGGAGGGGGGGGAGGACGCGAACGAGUUCAUAUGCACGCACGAAACACCUGAAGGCCAUGUCUGCGGGAGCGUGUUCACGACGAUGAGGGCCCUGGCGGCCCACCUGAUCAAGACGCACAAACUGAGAGAGCUUUACUCCAUGCUCACGACGACGAACGCCCAGUACGCGAUGUCGUGGAUGAUCGGACUGCCCGCCCAGGGGUCUCAAGGAGCCAACGCGGGAGGAGGGCCGCGGCGCGGGGGCAGGCAGCUCAAGCGUGCCCGCGGCAAGGGGGCUGGAGCUGGCUCAGGCGAAGAUGUGGAUGCGACCACGAACGAGAAGAUUUUCACGCUGCAGAAGCUCACGCUCAACAACACACAGACGCUGAGGAUCCUCGUGGGAGCGCUGCGGUACUGCCUCAUAGUCCCGAUGGCUCACGCGGCGGCGUCCGAGGGCACGCGCAUGGGGCAGGAGUGCCACCGACUGAGCACCGAAGAAAAGCGCAAGGACUUGGGACCACUUCACCUGCACAUCUUCGGGUGUAUUAUUCCCACGCUCGUGAAGAUGCAGGGCUUGUCAGACGAUGCCAAGGCGAUCCUCGAGCCAUUCGCCAAGCUUAUGACGAGCAUGGAUCGCGAGGAGCCCAACGAUCUUGUCCGCUACUUCCGCCUCAAGAAGACCUACAACGAAGACAAUCAGAAGGCGGACCAGGCCAAGAUUCACGUGAUGCUGAGCCCGAUCGCGAUCAGUCCGUUCCACAGGCCACAGUUGAUUCAGCGAUACAGGGGCAAGACGGGCGACCAGACCGAGAUGCCGAACGCCACCAUCGCAGAGAUUCGGCUGCACAUUAUCAAAGCACUGGUGGCCAGCGGCGGAGUGGUGAAGAUCGGCAGUCCACCACCGGGAGCUCUGGAGCGCGCAGUUCAGGCCUCA